AUGCGUCUCACCAGCAUCUUUUUACUCUUAACCGGGUCCGCUUGGGUUGGAGCCAGUCCUGUCGCUUCAAACGACAACGGUUUAAUCGCCAGACAGUCCAGUUCCGACUACUGGAUUGACAAUGUCAAACACCAAGGCGCCGUAGCUUUUGGGAACACUGGCGACUACCAAGUAUACCGAAAUGUGAAGGAGUUCGGCGCUGUUGGUGAUGGCACGACGGACGACACUGCUGCCAUCAACAAGGCUAUCGCUUCGGGGUCUCGCUGCGGUAAGGGCUGCGACUCGUCUACCACCAAGCCAGCCGUGGUCUACUUCCCUCCUGGUACCUACUUGGUCUCCAAGCCCGUCGUCCAAUAUUACUACACUCAGAUGAUUGGUGAUGCUAUCAGCCUCCCUGUUCUCAAGGCCUCCGCAGAUUUCACCGGUAUGGCUGUCGUCGAUGCCGACCCAUAUGAGGACGACGGCUCCAACUGGUACACCAACCAGAACAACUUCUUCCGCGCAAUUCGCAACUUUGUCGUUGAUCUCACUGCUAUGCCUCAAGGAUCCGGUGCCGGUAUCCACUGGCAAGUGGGCCAGGCUACUAGCUUGCAGAACAUCCGCUUCGAGAUGGUCAAGGGUGGCGGCGAAGCCAACAAGCAGCAGGGUAUCUUCAUGGACAACGGCUCUGGAGGUUUCAUGACCGACAUGACCUUCAACGGUGGAAACUAUGGUAUGUUUGCUGGUAACCAGCAGUUCACCAGCCGCAACUUGACAUUUAACGACUGUAACACCGGUGUCUACAUGAACUGGAACUGGGCCUGGACCUUCAAGUCCAUUACCUUCAACAAGUGCGAGCUCGGUCUGAACAUGUCGAACUCUCCUUCCAACCAGACUGUUGGUUCCGUUUUGCUACUCGACUCUGACUUUGUCGACACUCCCACCGGUGUUGCCACUGCCUGGAAUAAAGAAAGCAUCCCUGUUGGUGCUGGUACUCUGGUCCUGGACAAUGUGGACUUCAGCGGCUCUAAGAUCGGUGUUGCAUCUGUCGACGGCAGCGAAAUUGUUGCAGGUGGUAAGGUUGUGGAGAACUGGGUUCAGGGCAGUGUCUACCGGCCAGGACAGAGUGCUAGCAAGAGAUCCAUCCAGGCGCAGGCCCAGCCUGCAGAGGAAGAAGAGGUGGUGACAGAGACCAUCAUUGAAACCGUCUACGAAUGCGGCUCUACUACUGUUGCGGCGCCUCCUGCGACGAGCACGGAAUCGCGCACGGACAACGUGGAGACUACUGGUGCACCUCUUCCAGUGCCCUCGGGUGGCCAGGGCGGCUCGCAGACCGAGGCUGGUGCUUCUACUGCUGUCACUACUGAACCCGCCGCUCCAGCAACCACCGGGGAUAGCACUGCGGCCGGCACCUCUGAAGUCGUUCCCUCUGGCACUACUGAAUCAACCCCAGCAUCAUCUGGAUCUAGUCAUGGAUCUAACGAUUCCAGCGGCUCCAGCGGCAGCAGCGGCAACUCAGGCCAGUGCGCAGCCAAGGAAGUCACCAAGACUCGUGUUCAGACUGCAGUCCCAAUCAACAAGCCCAAGGCGCUCCUCAACAGCGACAGCGGCAAGGUCUUUGAACGCUCCAAGCCUCUGUACGAAGGUUACGCCGCUUCGUCAUUUGUCAGCGUCAAGUCCGCUGGCGCCAAGGGUGAUGGCAAGACUGAUGACACCGCUGCUAUCCAAAAGAUCUUCGACAGCGCCACCAAGGACCAGGUCGUUUUCUUCGACCACGGUGCCUACGUCCUCACUGACACCGUCAAGGUCCCCAAGAACAUCAAGAUCGUUGGUGAAGUCUGGCCCGUCCUCAUGGCCAACGGCGAAAAGUUCUCCGACGAGAAGAACCCCAUUCCUCUCCUUCAGGUCGGCAAAGCUGGCGACACUGGCGCCGUGGAAAUCAGCGACAUCACCCUUGUGACCAAGGGCCCCGCCCCUGGCGCCAUUCUGAUGGAGUGGAACAUUGCUGAGGAGACCCCUGGCUCCGUUGGAAUGUGGGAUGUCCACUUCCGUGUCGGUGGCUCCGCAGGCACUGAGCUUCAAUCCGACAAGUGCUCCAAGACACCCAAGACCGAUACUACCCCUAACAAGGAAUGUAUUGGUUCCUUCAUGCUUCUCCACGUCACUGAGAAGUCUACCGCAUACCUCGAGAACGUUUGGUCCUGGACUGCCGACCACGAGCUCGACAUCGAUGACCACAACCAGAUCAACAUCUACAACGGCCGCGGAAUCCUCGUCGAAUCCAAGGGGCCCGUCUGGAUGUACGGUACCGCCGCCGAGCACAACCAGCUCUACAACUACCAGGUCAACAAUGCCGAGAACAUAUUCAUGGGUCUGAUCCAGACCGAAACUCCUUACUUCCAGGCCAACCCCGAUGCCCUCGUACCCUUCACCCCUCAAGAAUCAUGGAAUGACCCCGACUUCUCCACCUGCACCACCGAAGCCUGCAAGAAGGCCUGGGGUCUGCGCGUGACCAACUCCUCCAACGUCUACGUCUACGGCGCCGGCCUGUACAGUUUCUUCGAGAACUACGGCCAGACAUGUCUCGACGGCUCGUGCCAGGAGAACAUGGUCCAGGUUGACUGCUCGGACGUGCACAUCUUUGGCCUCAGCACCAUCGCCUCGACGAACAUGAUCGCCUCGUCCGAUGGCAAGAGUCUAGUCCCGCAAGAGGGCAACGAGAGCACAUACUGCUCGACGAUUGCGUUGUUCGAGCAGUCAUCACAGGCAUGA